AGCCGCGCUGGCCCCGGCGGUGAUGAAAGCCCCGGCGGAGUCCAGGUCACGCCGAAGCCGUUGCCCUUUUAAGGGGGAGCCUUGAAACGGCGCCCGGGUUCCAUGUUUGCAUCCGCCUCGCGGGGAGGAAACUCCAUGUUGUAACAAAGUUUCCUCCGCGCCCCCUCCCUCCCCCUCCCCCUUGGAACCUGGCUCCCUCCCCUCCAAAGCUCGCGGGGAUCCCUCCCUCCCACCCCUCCCCUCCCCCCCGCGCCCCGAUUCCGGCCCGAGCCGGGGGGGAGGCCGGGCGCCCGGGCCAGAGUCCGGCCGGAGCGGAGCGCGCCCGGCCCCAUGGACAGCGCGGCCGUCAUUACUCAGAUCAGCAAGGAGGAGGCGCGGGGCCCGCUGCGGGGCAAAGGUGAUCAGAAGUCAGCAGCUUCUCAGAAACCCCGGAGCCGGGGCAUCCUCCACUCGCUUUUCUGCUGUGUCUGCCGGGAUGAUGGGGAGGCCCUGCCUGCCCACGGUGGGGCACCCCUGCUGGUGGAAGAGAACGGAGCUGUCCCCAAGCAGACUUCAGUCCAGUACCUGCUGCCCGAGGCCAAGGCCCAGGACUCGGACAAGAUCUGCGUGGUCAUCGACCUGGACGAGACCCUGGUGCACAGCUCCUUCAAGCCAGUGAACAAUGCUGACUUCAUCAUCCCUGUGGAGAUUGAUGGGGUGGUCCACCAGGUCUACGUGCUGAAGCGACCCCACGUGGACGAGUUCCUCCAGCGGAUGGGCGAGCUCUUUGAAUGUGUGCUGUUCACCGCCAGCCUCGCCAAGUAUGCAGACCCCGUGGCCGACCUGCUGGACAAAUGGGGGGCCUUUCGGGCACGGCUGUUUCGUGAAUCCUGCGUCUUCCACCGGGGAAACUACGUGAAGGACCUGAGCCGGCUGGGCCGAGACCUCCGGCGGGUGCUCAUUCUGGACAACUCGCCUGCCUCCUACGUCUUCCAUCCUGACAACGCCGUUCCGGUGGCCUCGUGGUUUGACAACAUGAGCGACACGGAGCUCCACGACCUCCUGCCCUUCUUCGAGCAGCUCAGCCGCGUGGAUGAUGUGUACUCAGUGCUCAGGCAGCCUCGACCGGGCAGCUAGUGAGGUGCCCUGGGGCCAGGACCUGCCCCCUAACCAGUGCUCACCCCUCACUUGAGGACUCUGCCUUAAGGAAACCCUGCAGCCACUGCCACCUCAGUGCCCUGGGGAAAUGGGCAUCCCCUCCCCAGCCUGGCCAGGCCACGAAAGGGGCAGCAGGCUGUACCGAGGGCAAUGCCCCUGGGUCCCUGUAUCAGUGCCUUAGAACCCCCUCCUUUUUGGGGGACCUGUGGUGCCCGCUCCCCCUUUCUCUCUCCCUCUCUCUUUUUGCUUUGCUGCCAUAUUUCUCUGCUGCCAAACUGGGCCCCUUGGCCCCUUCCAGUUCUGAUUGGGGGAGGGGAGGGGUUCCUGCUGCCAAAUGUCCGGAACCCAGCCUGGGAACGGUGGAUACCAUGUGCCUUGCAUACAGCCCUCUCCAGCGUGGUUGGCCCAGGUCAGCUCAGGCCUGGACCGGCCUAGGUUGCUGCAGUUUAGGCUGGUGGGAGAACUGGGUGCCUCACCUGAUCUCUUGGGACUGAUACAGCCCCCCCUCCGCCCCCCACCCGCCCCUCUGUCUGCCUAGGAGGGGGAAGUAGAGAUCUGUUACCACUUGUGAAGGGAGCAGCCUCUGUCCUAAAGGACUGAGUCCCACCUCUCUGCGCUCAGCAGCCGCCACAGGCUGCUCCCUACAUCACCCUAGGCCUGACCCUCCCACAUCUGCCUCAACUGCUCCAAGGCCCUGGAAGCCAAGUCUGCUCCCCCAGCUCCAUGGGUGGGCACAGGCAGGUCCCCUUUGUGGUGCCAUAUAAAUAUGUAUAUGUGUAUAUAGAUUUGGGGGGAAGGGGAGAGGGAAGGGUCAAGGUAGAGUUACUCUGCUCAUCCCUUUUCUGGGCCCAUAAAUUGGGGGAGGGAGGGAAAGGAUUUUUACAUUUUUUAAACUGCUAUAUUCUCAAUGAAACAAGCUGGGCCAAAGGGCUCUGGGCCCUGUCCUCUGCCCCUCACAACCUCUUUGCUCCAUUUAUUCAUUCAAAAAAUCAUUUAUUGAGCACCUUCUCUGUGCCUAGCCCUGUGCCAGGCCCACCAGCUGACUACAUGUGUGGGGAGAGACCCAGCUGCCAACCCCAAAAUUCACCUGUGCCUUUAAGGGAUCUGUAGGAGGUGGGACCUUUGUGGGGUUUGGGGGGUCUCCAGGAAGCCUGACCAAGCUGGCCCCCUCUCCCGUGCCAACCCACCCCCUGCAGCCUCCUGCCCUGCCCCCUGCUGGCUGGGGGCAUCUUCCAGGACAACCUGCCUUCCAGCUCUGACUUAUCUGGAAACCCCUACCCCAAAUGCUGAGUCUGGAAGUCAAGGUCUUGGGCUCUCCUCAGGGCCUAACGGUUAAGGGGACCCAUGAACCAGUGCCAAGGAAGAUGUCAUGCUCCCCCCCACACGCCCCGAGACUGGGGGUAGUCCACAGGGCAACUUUCCACUUAAGUGCCUUCUCUGUGCGGAGAGACCCACAUAAGAGAACUAAAGAACGCCAGACCCCCCAUCUGCCUCUGUGGUUAUUGGGGUGUUGAAGUGGGGGGAAUGGUUACGUGCCCUGUGAAGCGCACCCCGCUGCAGCAAGCCCAUUCGGGGGGGCGGGUGGGCAGUGGUGAAGAG